UUUCUGCCAUUUAGCCUUAAUUGUAGUCAAUGUUUCUUUUUUUAAAGACUUGUAUUAGUGUACAGUAUAAAUCAGGUAGAGAUAGCAAAAGGCAGCAACAAUUACUUUUUUAUGAUAUUCUGGAGCUAGAUAUUUUAAAUCAAUCAACAUUUUCACACUUGUUUUCCAUCUCUUUCUUACAGGAAACUCGGAUUUCUGGCAAAAUAAUCCAGAUGGUAUAAUUGUCUUGUCAUAUUGGUAUUAAACAUUAUUAUUAAUGUAACAUUAAACAAAUUAUGUAGAGGAAGGAUCUGACCAUUCAAAUUGACAUUCACUUUAGUACAUACAGAAAAAAGCACUGAAAGUCUGACAAGGUUCUCCAUUGAAACAAAAUAGAAAAAUCUGUCUAAACCCAAAAAGAGGGACUCGGUUCUCUCAGUCCAGCGCUGGUUGGUGAUUAUUCUCCAUGUCAGAGUUGGAUUUUCCUCUUGCUUCUCCCUUUCCCCAUCCCCAGUGUGAUUACGGAGAAUGGAGUGCCACUCGAGUACUGAUUCCAGUUAUUUACCUCCUAGCCUUCAUUGUUGGUACAUUUGGGAAUGCCUUUGUGCUCUGCGCAUACCUGAACUGCUGUGGAAGUCGGCUAUGGACGAUUAGGAGCCACAACAAAUCUGAACCUCCCUGUAGACCCUCCUGUUCACCUUCCGUAACAGAGUCUCUGAUGGUCAGUUUGGCCCUGGCUGACCUUGCUUUUGUCACUACUCUCCCUUUGUGGGCAGUCUACACAGCCCUGGACUAUCACUGGCCAUUUGGCAGCUUCCUUUGCCGAGUGAGCAGCUACCUGGUGGCAUUGAACAUGUAUGCCAGUGUGUUCUCUCUGGCUGGACUCAGUGUGGAGCGCUACUGUGUGAUCAAACGGCAUAAUCCCAACAAGACCCAAGCGCCAGUUAGAGCCUGGUACAUCAUAGGGUGUGUGUGGACGGCAGCCAGUGUCCUUGCACUUCCUGCUCUACUUCUACGAACUGUCCGAGAGGUGGACGGACAUCCUGAUUGGCUGGAUGAUGAUGAUCAUAACUAUAAUAGUGGUCCGCAGUGCUUGUGUGACAUGGACUAUUCUAUUUUGGUCUCACUAGACCUUGAUCCAGCAUCACAAGAGCGAGCUGAGGUGAUGUGGUCGGCACUGCUAGGUUUGAAGUCUACUGUCUUGGGUUUCCUCCUUCCUCUCAUUGUGCUGCUGCUUUGCUACUGCUCCCUAGCACAUUUCCUGUCUCGCCAUUUUCGCCUUGGACCUCAUCCUGAUCGACAGCGCCAACACAAGCUCCUGCGUAUUGUUAUUGCCCUCGUGCUAGCCUUCUUCCUCUGUUGGCUGCCCUUCCACGCCAAUAAAACACUGUCCGAUUUGGUUGAACUUGAUAUUUUGCCCUACUCCUGCAGCUUUGACCGCUGGCUGGUUGCUGUCCACCCUUAUGCAAUCUGCCUAGCAUACAUGAACAGUUGCCUCAACCCACUGCUCUAUGCCUGCUGUGACCCAGCCUUCCGUCAGCGAUGCCAACGUGUGGUCAAACUUGUUUGGAAGAGACACAAGGGAGAAAGGGAUGAUGCAGAAGACAGAGACACAGGAACAAGGGAUGAGCUGGAAGAGGAUAAAAUAGUAGGAGACACAGGACACAGAUCCAAAACAGGAAAUAAUACUUUAACUGCAACAUAUAGCAGUUAAUAUGAUUUUGAAUAUGAAAUAUUUUUUAUAUGAAUUACUGUAUCAUGAGAUGUAGAUUGUCUAAGUGUGUUUACUGGUACUGAAAGUGCACUUUGAGAACUGGAAAACUGAAAUUAGCACAUUACAUUUUUCUCCAUGAGUGGGUGCUAAGAAUUCCUCUAUAAUGUCUCAAACAUGGACUGAACUGUAGGAAAGAAACACUGACCCUGGUGGCUUUGGGAAAGACUGGUACAUACAUUUCUGGACUGUUAUUAACUGAGAAAAUUCAUAACAAACAAAAAGUAUGUGAAAAAUUAUUUAAAAAAAAAAAAAAAGACACCCUUCUGACACUGUAAUCUAGUCUCGUACAUGUGAAUAUUAAAUGUGUAUUAAACAGGAAGAGGUAAUUGAUGCAACGUGUAAGUAUUCAGACCCCUUCAUGUUCUGAUUUUAUCAGCUUAAAAUUAAUUAUUCUUACCCACAAUCAAUCUUCAAAUAAAUAGACCUCAAGGCCAGCUGUGUCUACAGGGAUGCCUCUGCUGCCAACAAGCUUAGUCCUUCUUGUAACUAAUUUGUAUGCCUGAAAUUCCCUUAAAAUAUCCGUUUGAUAGACAGACUGUUGGCAAAAAGUAUAGACAGCCAGAAUCAAACAUGUAACAUCUUUGUAUGACAAACAGGAAGGAAAACUAUUUCAGUUUAACAUUUGGCCUUGAAUCUGUUUCGAUUAAUAAUCUAAUCCGUUAAUUUUCUGGUUACAAGGAUAAUUCUCUAUAAAUCCUACAAACAUUCAACCACUUGUUCUUGAGAUAAUCAUGCUCAAGUUCUUGAGAAUCGCUGACAGAUGCAAGGACGGAUGCAUGGACAACCCGAAAACUCACCUAGUGGCAGAGGGAUAAAAAUACACCAUGAUGAAAAAAAAUUCAUAAAAAAAUAAACAAAAAUAUAUUAACAUAUUAAAGUCUAUGCUCUGGCUGGACCUCUCAAAUCUUUAGUGCUGAUCACUCUUGAACAAGUUUAACCUUGAUUUCAUCACACCAUAGAAUCUCAUCUUUUUUGACCUUAAAAUCUUUCACUGAGAGGAAUCCACUGCCAUCUUCAGGACCUUCAAUGCAGUUAUGUUUUUAUUAUGCUUUCCCAAAUACAGGCCUUAAUACAGGCCUGUCUUGGAGGUUUAGUGACAAUACCUUAGAUCCCAUGCAUGAAUGCCUCUGAACUAUGUAUUAUAACUGUUUAUGCUUCCUCAUCAUAGUCGUGCUUACAA